AUGGCUUCAUUCUUAAAGUCCAAUAUUCUUAACUUAUUUGCACCAUCAUCAUCACCUAAUCAGCUUCCUAUGUAUCCCGGCGUGACGAAAUAUAACUUAAACGGUAGAAAAUCUCAAACCCUAGUUUGUGAUAUGCAUACCUUGAUAAGGUCACAAUCUUUCUUCCCAUUUUUCAUGCUGGUGGCAUACGAAGGCGGAAGCAUCUUUAGGGCUUUCUUGCUACUUUUAUCAUAUCCUAUUUUAUUGGUUUUGAGCAAUGAGCUCAAGCUAAAAGUUAUGAUCUUCAUCACAUUUUGUGGUCUUAGGUUGAACGACAUGCAAAAAGUUGAAAGGGCUGUUUUGCCUAAGUUCUAUCUAGAGAACUUAAAUCCUCAUGUUUAUGAGGUGUUUGCUUCCGUUGGCUCUAGACUAGUGCUUACAAGCGUGCCUAGGGUAAUGGUUGAUAGCUUUCUCAAGGAGUAUCUCAACGUGGACACCGUAAAAGGGACCGAGUUGCAAAUCCUUGGUCAAUUCUUCACUGGAUUCGUUUCAAGCUUAGGGUUGCUGGAGAAUAGAACAACUCUUAAGGAAUUAUGUGGAGAAAAUCUCCCUGAUAUUGGCAUUGGAAGUUUCAAUCUUGAAGAUGACUUGGACUUGAUCUCCCUUUGCAAGGAAGCUUAUGUAGUUGGCAAAGAAGAUCUCGAGAAAACAAUGCCAAGUUCAAAAUACCCAAAACCUCUAAUUUUCCACGACGGAAGGCUAGCGUUUCUCCCAACUCCUCUCGCAACCCUCAACAUGUUCCUAUGGCUCCCAUUUGGGUUAUUAUUAGCAAUUUUUAGGCUUUCAAUUGGUGCACUCAUGCCUUUCUUGCCAUGCAAAGUUGUCAUCAUGUUAUACACUUUGUCCGGGAUGGAAAUGGAUCUCAAUGUGAGUAACCUUUCAAGUAUUUCAAGGUCUUCUGGUAAAGGGAAAGGAGUUCUCUACGUGUGCAACCACAGGAACAAUGCUGAUCCCGCAUUCUUGAUCCUUGCAUUGAACAAUAAAAACAGACCUUUGACUUCAGUAGUUUAUGGUGUAAGUAAAAUUUUUCGGUUAAUAACGCCAUUGAGACUAGUGAAUUUAUCAAGGAAUGAUCGAACCAAGGAUGCGGAAAAAAUCCGGAAAAUAUUGAGCCAAGGUGAUUUGGUGAUGUUUCCAGAAGGUACCACUUGUAGAGAACCAUAUAUAUUGAGGUUUAGCUCAUUAUUUGCUGAAUUAACCGAUGAUAUCGUCCCGGUUGCUAUGAAUUUGGAAGUUGGAAUGUUUUAUGGGGCUACUGCUUCUGGGUUUUUCAAGGUAUUAGAUGGACUUUUCUUGGCUAUGAACCCUAGGAUUUAUUACAGUGUUCAUGUUCUUGAAAAGUUGCCCUUUCAAUCCACAGUUGGAGGUGGGAAAAGUAUACACGAGGUGGCUAAUGAUAUUCAGAAGAAAUUAGCUCAUGAGUUGGGUUUUGAAUGUACAACUCUUAGAAGGAAGGAUAAGUAUAUGAUCUUGGCUGGAAGUGAUGGUGUAGUCCCAUCCCACAGUGGUAAUCGAUCUUGAAG